CACACGAAAUCCUCACGAGGGACUCCGGAAAUAUACGAUCGUAAAUCGAUAUGCAUUCGUAUCAUCUAAUUGAAUUUCGUACGAUUUGUGAAUGUGAUUUUGAAAGAUCAAAAUACUAGUAACAACACGUUUUCAGCCCCUAUAAAGGCUUAGCAAAUUGACAUGGGACGAAAAGUGACUCUGGCAGCAUGUAGCUUGAAUCAGUGGGCCUUGGAUUUUGAGGGCAACCUAAAACGAAUUCUUCAAAGCAUCAACAUUGCUCGAGCACAUGGGGCAAGUUAUAGGUUGGGGCCUGAGCUAGAAAUUCCCGGCUAUGGCUGCAACGACCAUUUCUUAGAGAGUGACACGUUAUUGCAUUCUCUUCAAGUGCUUGCCUUGUUGUUGAAGUCUCCAGUGACUAAAGAUAUUAUCUGUGAUGUCGGAAUGCCGAUUAUGCAUAGGAAUGUUCGUUAUAACUGCAGAGUUAUCUUUCUUAAUGGAAAGGUCCUUUUAAUCCGACCAAAGAUGAUGCUGGCUUGUGACGCUAACUACAGAGAGGGUAGAUGGUUUACAAGAUGGACUAAGACAAAGCAAACUGAGGAGUAUUUCCUUCCUCGCAUGAUAGCAGAAAUCACUGGUCAGGUGACUGUCCCAUUUGGAGAUGGCGUUAUCUCCACGCUAGAUACUUGUGUCGGCACAGAAAUCUGUGAAGAGCUUUUUAGUGUGAAUGGUCCUCACAUAACUAUGGCCCUUGAUGGUGUAGAGAUCAUCACUAAUGGAAGUGCAAGCCAUCAUCAGCUUAGAAAGUUAGACAAAAGAGUCAACCUGGUGAAGGAUGCUACAAGUAAGGGUGGGGGCAUUUACCUUUAUGCCAAUAUGCGAGGUUGUGACGGUGAGAGAGUUUACUACGAUGGAUGUUCAAUGAUUGCCGUUAAUGGUAACAUAGUAGCACAAGGCACACAGUUUUCAUUACAGGAAGUCGAAGUAGUGACAUCCACAGUUGAUUUGGAAGAGGUGCGAUCUCAUCGUGGUUCUACACCAACGUUUGGUGCAAGUGCAAUGGCGGUUGCGGAUAGCUAUCCCCGUAUCAAAGUGGACUUUGCACUGAGUCGCGAGGAUGAUAUCUCUGUCCCCUCAGCUGAGCCUAUAGAAGUUCAUUACCACACCCCAGAGGAGGAAAUAAGUCUUGGGCCAGCAUGUUGGUUGUGGGAUUAUCUUAGAAGAAGUGGUCAGGCUGGAUUUUUUCUGCCACUAAGUGGAGGAAUUACAAUCGAUACUGCUGUUACCGCUGUUCUCGGGAUCUUUACGGCCAUCACAGGUAAAAUCCCGAAGUUCAAGUUAUACGGCGGGACUCAUCGCGAAAAUCUGGCCAUGCAAAACGUACAGGCGCGUCUGCGCAUGGUCUUAGCGUAUUUAUUUGCUCAGCUGAUCAUGUGGGCACGCGGGCUUCCAGGUGGGCUGCUGGUUUUGGGAUCGGCAAACGUGGAUGAAAGUUUGUGCGGAUACCUGACCAAGUACGACUGCUCAAGCGCAGACAUCAAUCCGAUUGGCGGAAUAAGCAAGAAAGAUUUAAAAUCCUUCAUUUUCUACUGUGUGGAGAAAUUUAACUUUAGUUCACUGAUAAGAAUACUUGGUGCUCCUCCCACGGCCGAGUUAGAACCACUUGCCGAUGGACAAAUACAACAGACGGACGAGGAGGACAUGGGUAUGACCUAUGACGAACUUUCCAUGUUCGGUCGUCUUCGGAAGAUAUCCCGCUGCGGUCCGUACAGCAUGUUCUGCAAGCUCGUCCACACUUGGCGAAACACCUACACGCCCGUUAACGUGGCAGAAAAAGUCAAACGCUUCUUCCGUGCCUACUCAAUCAACCGACAUAAAAUGACGACCUUGACCCCAGCCUACCACGCCGAAAAUUAUUCUCCCGACGACAACCGAUUUGAUCUCCGACCGUUCUUGUACAACACUCAGUGGUCGUGGCAAAUGCGACUGAUUGACGAAGAAAUCCGACGACUUCAAGCGGCCGAGUCGCAAUUACGUCACCAGCAACCUCCCCAUCAUGUCAACAGUGACACCUCAUAUGGGAGUUCACAUGAUCAGCACAUGAGUAGUAACGAGGGCUUGACGUCCUCGUCCUUGCCGGUAAAGAGUGAACGGAGUGGGAACCAGGAGCAUCAAACAAGGCGGGAGAGAUUAGAGCGUACAUUGGAGACAUUGACAAAUCUCAACAGGGGAACGUCCAGGGCGCAGAAUAGGGGCACGCCUCCAUGUCCUGCGCUGAUCCGAAUCAAGUCGGAACCUGUUGAUCAAGAGGAAGGCUGUAAUUUUCACGUGCCAGCGGAGGAGCCGGGCAGCAGGCCCCGGAAAAGAAGCGAAGCCAAUAUGUCGGCUCACAUGGGGGUAGCCAGUGAAGGGGAGUUUGUAAGCGGGGAAAAGUACAUGCGAAUUAGGUCACGUUGAUAAUUGAUCACUCGGUUGGCGUAUUAUCAAGAAAGAUUGCCAGGGUCUUCUCGCCCACACAAGACUGAAAAGCCCUUGGGAUAAAAUGGCCGCGUUGCACUGUUAGGAGUGCUAAGCGUAUGAGUGUUUGACUAGUUAUUUAGUGGAGCGUAGAAAAGUCUGAAAAGUGUUAACUUUUUUUUUGUCGCACCCUCGGCUGUGUGAGAAGCAGCAUUGUUUAUUUCCUGGUACAAGUGGAGACUUGUUUCAGUUUGGCUUUUGUCUGAGCCCACAGCUCGUCAGAGGGGUUGCCACGCAACAUGCCUUGAUGACGUCAUACUGACGUAUCAUCAUUUCGAGAACUCGCAAUUGUUCGUGCGUGUUUUCAUUGGUUAGUAAUGUUCGGAAAUUGCUCGACUGCUUCUGCGGAGAUUUGCCGAAACCAACGACUGUGUCAAUAAGGAAUCCAAGGGUAUAUUAGCACACAAGUUUGGGAAUAAUAGUGUUGUCGACAUUCUGGUCUUACAAAAGGUCGGUCGCUCUCGAGCUAAAUGUACAGACCAAGAAAAAAGUUGUAGCGAAGGUUAUAGAAGUACACCUGAUUAUAGUCUUUCGAAUGUAACUUCCUAGAUGUCAUUUACAAAGUGUUGUAGUAAACUCAUGCUCUCGCUUGUCAGUUUUGAAGGUUAACUGAACAAUUUUUUGUUGUUGAGUAAGCCUAGCAUUGGAAAAUGGGGGAAGUCCGUCUGCUGUAGAAUUGAAUGUAAUGUUGUAUGCGCGUUUUCUAGUUCUUAAAUGUAACGAAUUUUCGUGUUGGAAAUGAAAUUAUUAUUACUACGAACGUUGUAUUAUAAAAUCUCGUUUUCAUAGACAUAUUUAUGAAAGAGAUAAAAUAAUGUUAAUUUUCUACAUUCAAAAUUUUGAAUCGGCGCGGUGGUUACUGAAUUCUGUCACCACAAAGGACAUUAUUGUGUAAACGAGGAAAUAAUAUUUGCUUUGCAAAGGAAAAUAACGUUACCUUGUAUUCAUCUUUGGUAUACUCUUGUUAUAUUUGUCAAAUGAGGUGGUACCACUUUACAAUUUCGAUAAGAAAAGAAAAUGAGCUUGUCAUUUCUUGCAUAUAGAAUGCAGCGCAUGAUUGUCUUAUUAAUGCUUUAUUUAACUGGAUAUUUAAGAAAAUGGCUUAACACUGAGUAUUAGUUACUAAGGUUACGUGAAAUUGAAUAUUAGUAAUAUAAUGAACGCAAUAUUUUUGCAA